AGGAUCAGUAAUUGAGUUUUUAUAUUGAUUAUUUUCGUAGAUGGUAUCCCUCAGAACUUCACAGAAGAUUUAUGUCAACAAUUGUCAACGUCGCGGUGGUAUUAUAUUUAUAGGAAAUUCUCAAUUCGUUCAAAGGAAAUAUAUAUUAUAUGUAAUGUUUUAUUAUAAAUAAGUGUAAUAUUUAAAAAUAUGAAUACUUCUGUAGAAGGUAUUAUCGUGAACAAAUGUCAAUACGCCCCGAUAUACUUGAUACAGGAUCCUGGCGCCACUCAGGCGAAUACUUACGUGUUAACUCCGAGUACUGUAGACCCACCCAAACCUGUGAGCAAUAACCUGAAAACAUUCUACGAAAACAGUGGAAAUAUUGAAAAUGGAAUUAUAAACACUGACAUCAACGUAAGACCAAAUGCAGUCAAGAAAAAGGAAGGGGUUUUAAUAGGAAAUAACUUGAAACUGGCCAGUUUUUUGCUGCCUAAAACUGAAAAUGUAAAUAAACAAUACAUAGUCGAUAAUAUUGUUUUAAAACCUAACAUUACCACUACUAUAAGUAAUCCAGUACCAGUGAAUCAUCAUCCAGUAAAUACAGUACCAAAAAUAGAUAUUGAUAGAAAAAUAGUGAAACUUAAAGAGGUCCCGAUCAUCAACAGACAUCGGCCAGAGAAAGUCCUGCCAAAGAUUAAACCAAAAGAGAACACACCCAGUCCUACUCCGUCAAAGCAUACAUCAGUGCAAUUAAUAAAAUUAGGAGGAACUUAUCAUAGCCUUAAUCACUUAAGCAAUGACCAGAUCAAAAUGGUAAAUCAAGCAUUGAAAAUGUUCAAUGAUCCUGAUAAAACAAUGCCGGAGCCUACAUAUGAUCCGGUUACCAACACUAAAUAUAUUUAUAAGGUUGUAUCACCAAAAGACUUAACAGUGGUUGCAAAGAAGAAAAUGUUACUUAAAGACAAAAAGGGUCAUACAAAAAUUCCGAAGCGAAUUGAAGAAAAAGCCAUUAAACAAGUUAUACAUAAAGAAGUACCAAUUCCAAAAGAAAUUAUUGAAGAAGAACCUGAACCACCGGCUGAGGCUAAGGUCACAAGAAGUGGUAGGAAAGUAAAACUACCAAAGCAGAUCUUACCUGAGGGCUCACCGCAGAGGACUAAAAAGAAGAGUGGCACCAUUGUCACAUGCUUCCAGUGUUCUGCUGAUUUCGGCAGCCUAUACCGCCUUCAAAAACAUUACGAAAAUCAUCCCACACACAUACCUGCAAAAAUCCAUUCCAAUUUAUUCCAUUGUCUACUGGCGAUUAUCAAGAGUGGCUCCGAUGAAGAUAAGACUAAUAUAUUUAUACAGCAGUUGGAACAGCUUAUCGUGAAGCUGAAAUCAUUGCUGCCUUGCUUGUUAAAGAAAGUUGAUGGAAGCGAGGGUCAAUCUUGUACUAUUAAUGGCGAUAUUGGCAGAUUAUUUGGCAUGAAUCCCGGCAAAUACAAUUUCGAUGUGGAAGCCUUGAAUUGUGUGAAAGACAAAAAUGGAUACUGUAUUCACAAUCCACCAAAAAUCAAUCACUUCAACAAAGAUCAAAGUAAACCGGUUCCGAACAUACUGAAGCACUCAGAACUGUUAGUACCGGAGAGUGAAACAGAAAACUGCGCAAGAAUCAACUCCGUGGCAAAGUGGCCCACCGUCAGUAAGAGGAUAUGGAAGCUCAAACAGAAAACACAUGAACAAAGUGCAAAGAAAAUGAGACUGAAAUCUGAGGGCGACGCCCUUAUCGAACUAGGAACCGAAGACUUUAUAUUUCCUAAAGAAUCAGAAAAUUUAAACAAUAUAAGCAUUGUUCCCGAAAAUAACGCAGCCGCUAUUGACAUUGGCGACGAUGAUGUUACUAAACUUUUAGGCGCGCAAGACUGCAACAUCAACAGUCAACCAGUGACAGAAACACAAACCAACGAUAUCACUAUGACUGAACAAGUUAAACCUAAAAACAACUUCGUCCAAUUCCACAGCGCACACUUCGACAUCAGAUCUUCUCCUAUUAAAACGUCUUCGACUGUAUUCCGAAAGUUCCAGAUUGAUCCUAGUAAAAUGAGCAAUUACGACGUUCAAGUAAUCCGCUCCUUAGAAAUGGUGAACAAACCUCACGACAAACGCAUCUCGCUAUCAAAUCCUGACAACUUACAUGCCUCUAUCCCAAGUUCCGACAGUUUACAUCUAUCAAAUUUGGAUAACAUACGUGUUAGUCUGCCAAAUUCAGACCAGAUGCAACAAGUUUCUUUAGUAAAUUCAACUAACAGUUUACAUGUUUCAUUACCGAAUCCAGAAAAUGGGCAACAAAUUACCAUACCGAACUCAAAUGCUUUACAUGUUAGUAUGCCGACGUCCAGCAGUAAUAUUCAUGCGAUAUCCAAUUCUGAGAACAGGCUGCAUGUAAGUAUGUCUAGUGCUGACAACAGGCUGCAUCUGAACCUACAAAACUCGAAUGACCUACAUGUUUCAAAAGCUAAUCUGAGUAACGCUUUACAUGUUAUUGCAAAUUCAGAUAACAGUUUACAUGCAAGUAUGCCAGACUUAAAUACCGGUCUACAUAUUCCAAAUUCGAAUAAUAAUCUUCAUAUUACUAUCCCGAAUUCGGAUAACAGGCUUCAUGUUACUUUGCCAGAUUCUAAUGAUGAUUUACAUGUGAGUAUGCCAAGUUCACCAAACAGCAUACAUUUGACGUUACCCGGUUCAAAUGACGUCAAUAUUCCAAACGAUAGCUUACACGACCUUUUCAAAGACGACCUAUCAUGUAAAGACACUGAUGUUAUAGACCCUGAUCUGAAAGAUUGGAUUAUAAGUACAAGUGAGAAGUCGGAAGACAGUUUUACCAAGUCUAAUGGCCUCAUCGAGCCGUCUUUAAUACACGUCAGGGAUAGUGAUGAUAAAUCAAUGGACCCACUUAAAAACGUCGAUCAUGGUGACGACAUGCCGUCGCUAGACACAUCAGAUAAUCGCCUGCUGUCGAAUCAGGGCGAAUCAGUAUUAAACUUUUUAGAUACAUUAGGUAAUGACUUAUACCCAGAGACUGAGAUUAGAAAUAAUGGUGUGGACUUCCAAUUGGAUCUGUUCGCAUUUCAUAAUUCAUAAUAUAAUUAAUUAUUGUUAAGAUUAAGAACAACAUUAAUUUAAGGACUUAUUACAAAAUUUAUAUUUAAGUAUAUUUUUAGAGAAGUAAUAGAUUUGUACUUAC